AUGCUUCCCGAAGCGCUGCUUUUGCUGCUUCAUUCCAGCAUUGUCUAUGCACAAUCCAGGCAGCAGCUUUUGCUCAAUAAUGUUGCUCGAAUCGCGACUCUCAAUCAACCCUUCUUCGUGAUUCCGAGUGUCGCAACGCAGGCGACGGUGUCCGUAGCUUUAUGCGCCGCCGGAUCUUCCCCUCGCUUUUUCGUAAGUAACAGCUCGACCUCUGAUAGCCCGGGGUCUUCAGGAGGGCCGAAUGUGUUCGAGAUACCGCUGGACGAAGGGCAGGGUAGCUGGACGGGAGGGUUUCCGAACGGAGGCGUGCUCGGUGUUGAGAACGUAGGACAAGCUUCGUUCGAAGUAGGCCUGUCAGACAAUGGGACUCUACAUGAACGAAUGUCGUCGCCGCCGAUGCUGGGGGAUACGACCUCUAACCAGGCGAUCAUCUUUUCUCAUGUUUUUAGCAAUUUCUCCCUCGAUGAACCGUCCUACCCCAACUACACUCUUCCUUCCGCGAACGCACCUGCGCCCACUCCGCCUGAUACUACAAAACUCAAUUUCACUAUGUUCUUGUCUCCGACGUCUACCCUCCCCGACAUACCCAAAACAGGAUGUGCAUUGCGUGCGCAAACCUCAGCUGGGAGGAUCGAUAGAGAGGUUCCAUGGCUAAAGGACGACGAGGGCUGGAGACACCAAUGGUUUCUCACAGGACUCACACCGUCUACCAAUUACACUGCCUACGUGGUGCAGGAAGGCACUCGUGUGAGCGGUCCAAUCAUGUUCUCCACAAAAUCAGCAUCGUUCUCUUGCCCCCUUGUCGCAUCCCUACCCUUUUGCCCUGGUAUUGCUUACCCCGUUCCCCUGCCACCACCACCCGCUGCUGCGUCGUUCUACGACGCUUCAACGAUCCCCGACGCUAUAUCAGCCCCUCUCAUAUCAGGUUUAGCGAACUUUACGGCCUCACUGCUCACUUUCGCAUGUGGCAAGGACUAUUACUCGCCUCUCGCCUCGUGUGCAGACUGUCAGCGUGAAUACCGCAAAUGGUUGUGCACCAUCAGUUUCCCUCGUUGUAGCGAGCCGAACCCAGGGGACCCAGCCUCGUUCACGCGUGUGCCCGCCUCACCGGGUGCCACGGGCCUGGGAGCUCGUCCAACCCUAGGAGGGCCCCAGCAGGUAUUUUCUGCACUCCUCCCGCAACCCACAUCAGCUACUCCUCGGAACCCCAACUUUCCAUCCUUGGGCCGCGAAUGGACGAUGCUGCUUCCUUGUCUGGAGACAUGCUACGCGGUAGACCGUGCAUGUCCUAACUUUUUGGGAUUUCGGUGUCCAUUAAGACGGUUCAACGCAGCCGCAACAUAUGGCGUUGGAUAUAUAGACACGGGCGAUCAUGAUGGUAAGCAAGGCACUGGCGUCACAGGUGCUUCGCAGGAUCGGUGGGGUAAUACAUGGUGUAAUGCUGGAUAA